AUGUCGCGCGACUACACCCAGCACACGAGCGAUGGGGACGACGAUGAUGAAGAAACCCUACGUCUCCAGUUGCAAGCAAUCGAGGCAAAGUUAAAACUUAAGGCAUUGCAGAAGAAGAAAGCAGAAUCUGCCGACGCUGACCGCAAUGGAGCCUCUUCACGAGCCAGCAUAGCCAGCACCAUGCGCAGGGCCGACCCAUCGCCAUUAAGCAGUCAAGAAGCGGGCGUACAAGUGCCACGCUCUCCCACUCGAACACGGCCACCACCUGACGAGCCAAAGAGUCCUGCACGAGUCAUGCUGGGCAUCGACAAAGGACUGACGGCACGUGAUAUUAGUCUCAAGCGGCCCUCCAGCGUUCUGGCUGGGCGGGCGCGAACAGGGUCGCUGAAGGGCAGUGAGACUCCUAAGAUCAAAUCUUUCAGCGAGCGCAUUGCCGAAAGCAGGAACAGAGACAAGGACCGUGAAGAGAGGGAGGAAAAGGCCGAGCUGAGGAGAAACAGGGGAUUUGGCUUGCAUACCAUCGAAGGCUUAGCAGAACGACCAUCACUUUCUAGGACCAGUUCUUCUCAAGGCUCUGAGACACCGAGUUCGCGCGAGAUGCCCCCGCCGUUUUCAAGACGUACCAGACCUCAGAGCCGCUCAGUUGAUUUGAGAAUUCCAUCUUCCCCUCGACCUGGCUCCACCUUGUCUUUCCGCAACGACACUUCACGCCCGGUGUCCUCGUCUUCCAAGGCAUCUUCCUCCAGUUUUGGCUCAAUCCCGACCGCUUCUCGAUACGCCGAGAUCUCAUCCCGAGAUGACAGCUCAGAGGCCCCUAGCUUUGAGCCUUUUUCUGGUCUGCACUUGAAGUCGCGCGAAAUGCAGCACAAUGUCGUCACACGCACUCUGGAAGGCAAGACCGUUCUCACUAUUCCCCAGUUGCUCAAAACGGUCAAGGCACCAGAAUAUGAACCUCCGGAUUGGGAAAACGACUAUGUUGUACUAGGUGUCAUUUGCUACAAGUCAACACCGCACAACUCCAAGAAUGCCGCUAAAGAUCAGACCAAGAACAGCCAAGAACAGCCAACGGAUCAAAACGGCAAGUUCAUGGUGAUCAAGUUGACUGACCUCAAGUGGGAGCUGGAUCUGUUCUUGUUCGAUACCGGUUUUUCCCAGUUUUGGAAACUUCCCCUUGGCACAGUUGUUGCCAUCUUAAACCCCGACAUCAUGCCGCCACGGAACCGCGAUACAGGCAAGUUUUCCCUGAAGCUGACCAGCUCGGACGACACCAUACUUGAAAUUGGAACAGCACGAGACCUGGAUUUUUGCAACGCAAAGAGGAAAGAUGGAAAGGAUUGUGGUCAAUGGAUUGAUGGCCGGAAAACAGAGUUUUGCGAGUUUCACAUCCAACUUCAGGUCGACAAAGCCAAGAAAGGCCGCAUGCAAGUCAACACCAUGACUGGCUUUGGUGGAGGCCCAGGUAGCAGCAAGUUUGGCAUGUUUGGUCGAGGCGGCGCUUCGAAAGGUGAUGAGCUUAAGCGUGAAGGAAGGUAUCAUGAUCGCGAACUACAUGAGACCGUGUACAUCGCCCCACGACCUGGAGGUGCUGCCAAGCUCAUCGAUCGGGAUCACCAAAAUUGGGAAGGGGGAGUGAGCCGCGAAGACCGCUUUCGAAAGCAACUGGCUGAGAGGGAAAAAGAGCGAGAACUUGCUAAGAAGCUUGGUACUAUGGGGGAUGGCACCACCGGAGCUGAUUACUUACGGUCGAAAGGCGCUGGCACUCCGAGCUUACCCACCAGAGCACGCCCUUCUUCUCUCAUCUCGACAAGCUCAAGGCUAGAUAAGCCGGCUGAGACGGACUUCUCAAGCCUCCUCAAUCGCACAUCCAAAGAUAUCUCCCUGGCGCCUGUGAAGCGGAAACGAGCUGCUUCGGGCAAGUCGGUUACAUCCACUAAUCCAGUAGGGUGGGCAUUCAAAUACGGACGAAUCCCAUCUCCCAAGAAGGUAAUACCUUCAGCAUUUCGCGGCACGCGUGAGGCGAGUCCUGCGAAGAAGAGGGCUCGUCUGCUGUUGGAUGGAAAGGGCAUACGUGAGCCUGGCCGAGAAAGCCUUGGCGGACUUGACGUAGGACUCAUCGCUGCCCUCGACGAUGACGACGACGAUGAUGAUUUGGAAGUUGGGUUUAAAUCAGGCAGCAUGGCGUCUCCAGGGUCUGAGAUCGGCGAUAAGAUUUACACACUGAUCAACUACGAAGAUCCCUACGUCCAGCCACUUAUACUCUCCGCCCUGGAAAAACGACUUCCUGCAUCGUCAUACGAACUCAUCACUUCAUUAUCCCAACUUCCCACUCCCUCAUCCCAUCUUCUACAGUUUGUUCAGUAUGAGUCUAUCGAUUUCGAUCACCUCAUGGAGCAUUCAUCUACCUCCCUGGCCAACGCCUACGUAAUCCGUAAAGCAUUGAUCCGGAAGCACUACCUCAGCACCACCAUUGCCAACUGGAUCACGAAGUACCCUGACUCGCUUCUCAAGAAGCACGUCAAGCCUAGUGUGGAGUUUGAAGUUGACUAUGCCGAGUUUCUGGACGAUGCACUAGUUGAAGCAUGGGAACUGAAGGAAAGCUGGGCGCGAAACGAAGAACUUGGGGGUGGUGAAGAUGGCGCUUUUUCCAGUAAAAAGGAAUGGUGGAUCUUGAAACCAGGAAUGAGCGAUAGAGGCCAAGGUAUCCGCCUCUUCUCCAGUGAGCAAGAACUCACGGAGAUAUUCGAGGAAUGGGACCCAGACAGUGACAACGAAGACGAAGAAGAAGACGCACGCAGUGAUUCAAACAUGCAAAACUCAAAGGCAGAAAAAGACGAAGACAACGGAAUCAUAACUUCCCAACUCCGCCACUUUAUCGCUCAACCAUACAUCCACCCCCCUCUCCUCCUCACCCCACCAAAUAACCCUACCAGUGACCUCCGGAAAUUCCACAUAAGAACCUACAUACUCGCCACUGGCGCCUUGAAACUGCACGUCUACAAGCCCAUGCUCGCUCUUUUUGCCGCACACCUCUACCUCCCCCCUUGGUCCCCUGACGUCGAGCCUAAUAGCCAGGAAGCCAUGCGCGCCCACUUGACCAACACCUGUCUGCAGGACAGCGGGGAUCGAGAGGGAUCUGUGGGCUUGUUCUGGGAUUUACCGGAUACUUUGCCCGCCCAGCCAAGUUUCUCCGGCUCAUCUAGCAGUGAGGGUGGAGAUGCGGGACGCAAAAUAAACGUACCAUCGAACUGGAAAAACACUAUCUUCCAGCAAAUCUGCGAUAUCACUGCUUCGACGUUUGAAGCCGCGGCGAGAGGAAUGUCCAUCCACUUUCAACCGCUACCCAAUUCUUUUGAGAUUUUUGGUCUGGAUUUCAUGGUUGGACUGGAUGAAGAGGCUGGAGGCUUGAAUACGUGGUUGUUGGAAGUCAAUGCUUUUCCGGAUUUCCGACAAACAGGAAGCGAUUUGCAAGGGCUGGUAAGCGGGUUGAUGGAGGGAGUUGUGGAGAAGGGGAUCAAGCCGUUUUUUGGGCUUGAAGGAGAGGAGAAUGGGGAUAUGGUUCAGGUACUGGAGGUGGAUUUGGGGAGGAGGUAA